ACAAAAGUACUCUUAUUUGGAUGUUGGGUGACCAUUGUUCGUCACAAUAUGUAGUGUACAGAUAUGAUUAUGAUAAACUUAGGCUUUUAAACAGCCUCUUAAUAAACAAAAAUGAAAAAAAAAGACUCAGCAGGUGAGCCGUCUUGUCAUUUGAACAACACUCCAACAGUCCAUCUUCUAUACCUGAUGUGAAAAUAUCAAGCUAACCAUUAUAAAAGUGUGGCUAUCUCAUUCAAUUGUGCUGAUUGUUUGGAGUAAUUUUUUUGAUCAAAUCUUGUGGAAUUUAAUAGAGGUUUAUUAAGAUCUAGAAUGGAGUAAGACAUAGAUGAUAUAUCAACUAGUGGAAUAUUGUUUAGUGAACUAAAAGACAGUAGGAUAUAUUCUAAAGAUUAGAUACAUAGCUCUAUGAAAGUUUAUAUUAAAAACCAUAUGGACUGGACUAAGUGUGUAGUAUAAAAACAUGAGAAAUGUCUUAGUGAAAUUGGAAAAAAAGUAUAACUUUUCAGUGAUGCCCUUCAACAAUAGAUAAAAUGGAUGGUGUCCAUAACCACACUGGCAGACAAAAGCCACAACCUCGUACACAGAGGAGAUCACGUCUGAGAAAUCGUGGAAGUCAGACCUGUAGUUCAUCUGAUGAAGAGUUUUAUUCAGAUGACAAUUUACGUCCUUAUGAAGAAGUUAAAAUCGCUCACCAUGAUAAAAAAUUAACAGGUCUGGGUCUCACACCUGAUGAGCAUGCUGUCUCUCCUAUUGGACGCAAUAAUUCUGGUCAUGCCCGAGCAUAUAGUUAUAUGAGUGGCAGCGAUGAAGAAAUAGAUACACCAAAACCUUCAGCAGUACCCUUGUUGGGUAGAAAUGGAGCUUUUCAACCAGUUGUACGCUCUCCAGAUCCCAUAUAUGGUGAUCAAAGAAUCAAAAUAGCACAGACAUCAGAAUCUGAAGAAGAUAAUCGUCAUCCAGUACGAAGAUGCAGUCGGACAGGAUCGAUACCACCACCCACUUUACCACCUCCCCCACCACCACCUCCUAUAGAAGACAUUCCACAGCGGAGUCCUGGUCCAUUACGUCAUAAACAGUUUGGCCCCUCAGUAAGAGGAAACUAUUCAGAUGCAGAAAGUUUGAGACGCCAGCACUUGAUGGAAACUGAAGGAGAUUUUGAACCACCAUAUUUAGUACAAGCUGAUGUGCAGCCACGUUUUCCUCGAACAGUGCCUAGAUCGGGCUCAGUGCCUGCAACACGAAUCUCUGAGCUGGAAAGCAACCCAUAUCACGACUGUUCAGGAUUUUCCGAUACUUAUCCCUGUCAUUAUCCAAAUGGUGAUCAACCGGUAGUGUUUCAGAACAAUAUAGAAAGGCAAUCUGCUUACCCACAAUUUGGUCUUCCGACCAUUCCAAUGGGGGCUUACCCUCCACCAACAGAUUAUAAUUAUUAUUCCAAAUUUAGUAGUGCCAGUAACAGAAUGAAGAAACAUUUAAAACAACGGUGUACAUGGCGAUGUACAGCUUUGAUAUUACUCAUGACGUGUGUGGCCUUGUUGGCAUGUACAGUUUAUUUUGCUGUUAAGUCCAUGUAUGAAGAAAAGGUUGCUAAAGAACAGCAACUUGAAAAAUGUCAAAAGGGUUUGAAUGGUGCCUUCAAUUCCUCAAAUAAAAAGCCCCAUCAAGGUGCAGACUCCAUGUCAAAUUUCCCAAUCUUAACAACGCUACCACCUUCCAUUCCGAAACCAGUUAAAUUAGGACAAACGCUACAACAUGAAAUUCCAGCCAAGUCUUUCUGGACCACAAGAUUAGCCAGAGAUAAAGAUGGUUUUAUCAAAUUAAACUUUUCCUUGUCUGAAUCAGCCAUUUUAGGUGUUUAUGGUAGAAGAAGUGUGUCUCCAUCACAUGCACAGUUUGAUUUCUUUAAAGUUGUUGAAGGACAGCGAAUUCAAAGUCGACAGAAACGGUCUUUAUAUGAUAAAAACCUUAGUAAUGGACGCGAGACUGGUAUGGUAGAGUUCCUGAAAGCAGGAACCUGGUAUCUGGCAUUAUUUAAUGACAACACUAAAAAAGAAACCGUCUCCUUUAUGGUUGAUGUGACAGAAGUACAGACAGGCUGCGAAGGAAAUUGCCAUGGCCAUGGUGAAUGUAUUAAUGGCCAAUGCCAAUGCUUUAAUGGUUACACCAAAGACGAUUGUUCUCAACAGACCUGUCCAGAAAUCUGCAAAGGGAAUGGAAUAUAUGUUCGAGGAGAGUGUUCAUGUCAUCCAGGCUGGAAGGGUCAAGAAUGUGAAUUAAAAGAAAAUCAAUGUGAAGUGCCUAAUUGCAAUGGUAAUGGACAUUGUAUAAAUGGACAGUGUGUCUGCUUUCAAGGUUUUCAAGGUCUAGAUUGUGGAAUUGAAGUGUGUCGUUUGGAAUGUUACCAUGGUUAUUGUAAAAACCAAAGAUGUGUAUGUAAUGAAGGUUGGUCAGGAGCAUUAUGUGAUCAAAUCCAAUGUGAUCACAGAUGUAAUGCACAUGGUUUCUGCAACAAUGGUACUUGUGUCUGUCGAAAAGGAUGGAAUGGAAGACAUUGCACAAUGGAUGGCUGCCCAUCAGCCUGUAGUAAUCAUGGAGAGUGUCAACAUUUUCAAGAUGGCUGGCUGUGUAAUUGUCAAGAUGGUUGGAAAGGAAAAGCUUGUAACAUCGCUAUGGAAGCUAAAUGUAGUGAUACCUUGGACAAUGAUAAUGAUGGUCUCUUAGAUUGUUUAGAUCCUGAUUGCUGUAAAAGUGCAGCAUGUAAAACUAGUAAAUUUUGUAAAUCAUCUCCUGAACCUGAAGAAAUUUUAUUGUCCAAACAGUCCACAAGUACUACAGCAUCAUUCUUUGAUAAAAUGAGAUUCCUGAUUGAAGAAAACAGUGUUCAGACUUAUGCCAUGAAAAACUCAUUUAAUGAAACACAAGUAUCAGUUAUACGUGGUCGAGUGACAACUAAAGAUGGUACACCUUUAAUAAGUGUCCGUGUAGGUGUGGUUACCCAGCCCCUCUAUGGUUAUACAUUAUCCAGGGAAAAAGGAGUGUUUGAUAUCUUGGUAAAUGGUGGUGGAUCAGUCAAAUUGGAAUUUAUUCGUCAACCAUUUGGUACUAAAACAGCAAGUGUUUUGGUGCCAUGGAAUCAAAUUAUCACCAUGGGUACCGUUGUCAUGACUCUAAGAGAUGAACCAGAAUCUAUAGCUGAUCCAGCUUUGUGUAGUGUUGAACAUGAACAUUACCUUUUAAGACCUAUUGUUUUAUCAACAUGGCAGCACACUCAAUUGGGUGCUUGUCCAGAAAGAAGUACUAUUAUACCAGAAUCACAGGUUUUACAAGAGAGUCUUGAUAUUUCUGGUACAGAUGUCCACCUUGUUUAUCAUAGUAGUGAGUCACCUGGUUACAUGUCAUUAAUAAUGAUACAGAUGACCCCAGCUAAAAUACCACCUAAACUAUCAUUAGUUCAUCUAAAAGUAUCUGUUGAUGGUGUGGUCACAGAAAAAGUCUUCGAAGCCGAUCCUAAUCUGAAAUAUACUUAUUCCUGGGAUCGUAAAAAUGUCUUUAAUCAGAAAGUAUAUGGAAUAGUAACUGCAAGAGUGAAUGUUGGCUAUCGUUAUGAUAAUUGUGAAUAUAUAUUCUGGGAGACUAGAAGUACAACACUCAAUGGGUUUGAUUUAACAUCUUCAGAAAUUGGCGGCUGGAAUCUUGAUAUUCAUCAUACUUACAACUUUCAAGAGGGUAUUUUACAUAAAGGAGAUGGCACUAAUAUCUAUCUGAAAGAGAAACCUAAGAAAAUUAUCAAUAUUUUGGGUAGUGGUAAUCGACGUCAGUUAGAUUGUACUGGUUGUAAUGGUAAAGCUCUAGAUAAUAGAUUAUUGGCCCCAGUAGCCCUAGCUAGUGGUCUGGAUGGUAGUCUGUAUGUAGGAGAUUAUAACUUUAUCCGUAAAUUAUCGCCAGAACGAGAAGAAAUUGCAAGUAUUUUAGAAAUGAGCACCAAAUCUGUUCCAUACAAGUUCUAUAUGACAGUAAGUCCCGUUGAUGGUAAACUGUACAUAUCAGAUUAUAUGUUUCAUAAAGUAAUACGUGUUAAAACUAUGGGACCUGUUCGUGAUCUAAGAGAGAAUCUGGAAGAUGUUGCUGGUAAUGGUGAAGAAUGUACACCAGGGGAAGUAGAUCUAUGUGGUGAUGGAACUACUGCGACACUAGCUAGACUUAGAUAUCCUAAAGGUAUUGCUAUAAAUAAAGAUGGUGUAAUAUACAUAGCUGAUGGACCUAAUAUCAGACGUAUAACAACAGAUGGUAUUAUAAACACUCUAAUAGGUACACAAGAACAGCUUAGACAAUGGACACCAAUGCCAUGUGAUGACAUUUUACCAGCAGAAAGUGUGAGCUUGAAAUGGCCGACAGCAUUAGCUAUUGAUCCAUUAGAUGACACUCUUCACAUUCUUGACCAGGGAAUAGUUCUAAAACUGACCAAAGACUAUAAGCUGGUAACAGUUGCUGGUCGUCCAGUUUAUUGUCCACCAAGACAGAUCAGUUUCCUUCCAGCUGGUGUAUUAAAUGAUGAUGAACAAGCCUCUAAUAUUGCUGAUCAUGUGACAUUAGUGUCUCCUGCAACCAUUACUUUUGGUCCCCAUGGUGACCUGUAUAUUGUAGAGAGUGACACACAUCAUAUCAAUCGUGUACGAGUUGUUACCACUGAUGGACACAUCCACCAUUUUGCCGGAACUAAAUCAAAAUGUGACUGUCGCAAGAUUUCAUGUAAAUGUUAUGAUGCUAAAGAAAGACUGGCAGCUCAGGCAUUGUUUAGUACUCCUACUUCUGUUACUGUAACACCAGAUGGCAUCAUGCAUAUUGCUGAUAUGGGAAACUUUAGGAUUUUCUCCAUAGUCUCUGAGCUUCCUAGUCAGAAUAUUCGUAGAGAAUAUGAGGUUGUAUCUCCUGAAACUCAAGAAAUAUACAUCUUUAAUCGCUAUGGGCAACAUAAACACACAAUUAAUAUAAUGACCAAUCAGUAUAUGUAUAACUAUACUUAUAAUGUCAACUCUUUUUAUGGCAAGUUGACUCAAGUUACAGACACAUCCGGCAAUAGUAUACAGAUUAAACGACGUUAUGAUACUCGUGUUGAAGAACUGAUCACACCUAGUGGUGAUAAAUGUGAUUUGCUACUGGAUAAUCUUGGAAGAUUAUAUAGUUUUACGGCACCUGAUAACACCACCGCUACCUUCACAUACAUGGCUAGUACUGGAUUGUUGGAGUCAAAACAUACGUCAUAUGGAAAGGUCUUCAUGUACAAGUACGACAACAUGGGGCGUUUGCUGAGGAUCAGUCAACCAACAGGGGAGAUAACACAACUAAAAACAGAUGUCAACACUACAGGUUCCAUUGUUCAUGUCACUACUGAUAGCAGCGAUGUGGUUGCCAUGGCUACAUAUGGGAGCGUGCAAUCCGUGAUGCAUGGUUCUACACAGACCAAAGUUACAUAUUUACCUGAUGGUGCAGUUAUAGUUUUAUUUCCUAGUAACUUAACUGUCGCCUUGGAGACCGGUGGACACCCUAUUAUGGAAAAUGAACACCGAAUGCAUUUUAAGAGAAAAGUUAUUAUUCCUGAUGCCUACAUGCAUCGCAUGGAAUGGAGAUUUUACUUGCGGCGUAAAGGUCGUUCUAGGCAAAGUAGAAUCAUUGAUAAAAUUGGACAGAGAAUGAGGGUAGGCGCCUCCUUUGCCAGGCAUGGCACAAUGCAUGUGUCGCAUGGAGAGGAAUUCAAGGAAAAAGCCCUCUUGAUAAAUGGUGAAAAUCUUCUGACUGUUGAGUAUGAUAGAAAUGCUCACAUGGAGACCAUAAUGGAUAAAGAUUUGCGAGAGAUUUUGACUAUUGUUUAUGAAAAGACAGGAUUACCAACCCAUUUUAUUCCAGCUACAGGUCACAAUGCUAUGAAUAUAACCUACUCUUCACGUGGAGAUAUAACUAGAUGGCAGUAUGGAGAAAUGUUAGAAGAUAGAAAAUAUAAUGAUAAAGGAUUGUUAAUAGAGAGAAUGGCUACUAAUGGUGCACAGUUUAGAUACUUCUAUAGAUAUGGAGCUAAGAAGCCAACAGAUGUGAUAUUACCUAGUGGUAAACAGUAUUUAUUUCAUCAUGAUAUACAGGGUAAUCUACAUUCUGUCACUACACCAGUUCUAGGAAAACAUCAAUUUCAUACAGUUCUUUCUGUUGGUAUACAACGAAUGCUUUACAUCCCUCCUGGUAUUGUCUUGCCUUUUAUCAUGGACUAUGAUACAAAUGGCAAGCUACUUCGUGUUCUUCAUCCUGGAGAUACCAAGAGAGUACAUUAUCGUUAUAACAACCAUUUCCAGGUAUCCAAAGUUAUCUUUGAUGAAACAGAUGUAUCCUUCACUUACAACUCUGAGGUACAGAGAAUGGCAUCUGCUAAGUUAUUAAGCAGAGGUUACAGCUGUGUUCUACAAUAUGAUUACAUAAGUUCUUUGGUUAAAAGUUACUCAAUUCAUUUCCCACAAGAUCCAACAUUACAAGGCAUCAAUAUAACUCUUGUUUAUGAUAAUAAUUUCCGUUUAGCUGAGAGUGUAGCCACAUUAACUAAUAACAUCUCUAUGACAAAUAUGCUGAGUUACAGUAGUAUCACAGGAAAACUAAAUAGUAUUAAAGAUAUUGUCAUUGACUGGCCAUCUCAAGAGAGACAAGUUCUCACCAACGCUGAUUUCAAAACAACCAGAGAAUAUGACAACUAUGGUCGUCUGCAAGAAAUCAAGAUGGAGUUUGCUGGAAAUAUCCGAUACAUGUUACAUAUCAACUAUGAUCAUAUGAACCUUGUUCAUCAAUGGAGACGUAGAAUUGGACAGACUGACUCAAUGGCUAUGGAAUAUAUCUAUGAUAUUGAUAGUAAUAUGGUAGAUGUUUUAGUAGAAGGUAAAUCAGCAUGGAAAUAUGGUUAUGAUGCUAAUGGUAAUAUCAAUAAAAUAACUGAUUUGGGUAUAACCAAGGAGAUGGAAUUUGAUGUCGGAGACAGAAUAACAAGAUUUGGUGAACUAAGAUAUAAAUUCGAUGAGGAUGGUUUUAUGGCUCAAAGGGGAUUUGAACAUAUUUCCUUCAACUCUCUUGGACAGCUUACAACGAUUUCACAUACAAGACAACACAAAUUUUCAUAUUUCUAUGACCCUCAAGGUCGAUUAGCUGUGCAGAGAGAUCAGUUUGGAAAAGUUAUGCAGUAUUUUUAUGUUAAUGUGCUUAGCCCCCAACAGAUAACACAUACUUAUAACCAUACAUCUGGUGAAAUGACUCAAUAUUUCUUUGAUACGCAAGGACAUUUAGUGGCCAUGGAACGUAAGAGUAACACAUAUUAUAUUGCUUCAGAUCCUAAUGGAAGUCCGUUAGUUGUAUUUGAUAGUCGGGGUUUUGUUGUCAAACAGUGCAGUUACAAUCCAUUAGGUUUACAGGAAUCAGAUUCCAAUCCAAAUUUUGAGCUGAGUUUUGGAUUCCAAUCUUUGCUUUAUAAUCCAGUGACCCAAAUAGCCAUGAAAAAUAAAAGACCUUAUGACACUCUGACAGGACAUUGGUUGAGUCCUGAUUAUCAACAUGUAUUUAAAAAAUUAGACACUGUAAUAUCUGAGCCAGAAAUAUUAAAUGCUUAUCAGAAUCGCCAUCUUCUUAACACACAUCUGAACAGCCAUCAGUAUCCUAGACUAGAUCUACAUGAAUGGUUGAAUGUAUUAGGAUAUGAUGUUUACAGUUUAGCACCAGAAGUCGAUUAUACAGGUGAUCUUCAUCCGAAUAAAUGUGUUCGCGAUCUUCAAUUACUACCUAGUUCAUCAGCAUUUGAAUGUACGUUUAAAAGAGAUAUGAAUAAUCUUCUCACUUUAACGACAGUACCUCGUUCUAAAAUAACACCUUUACAAAAUCUGGCUAAAGAGACGCCAUCGCCUUUUACUUCCAUAUUUGGAGAUGGUGUGACAGUUUCCGUUGUUAACGGUAGAGUACAUAUCAAUAUUGCUGAUAUUGCUACAGAGUUAUCGCGUAAAAUAGCAACAGUAUUACUGAAUGGUUCAGAAGUGGUGAAUCUUCAAUUUACAAUACGUGGUAAGGAUGUGCAUUACUUUGUGAAACCUUCCUAUGCUGAAGCAGACGAUGACCUUCGAACUCUUGGUAUUCACAGUAAUUUAGUCACGUUUGAGAAUGGUAUUAAUGUUUCUGUGCAAAGAGGUCAUGGUCAUAGAACCAGUCGAUCAAGAGACGAGGUGGAUGUUCGUAUCCAUGGUAAUCAUAGUGUGAUAAAUAUUCGUUAUGGAACUAAUAUAGACCAAGAGCAUAAAAGAAUUUUAUUACAUGCAAAAGACAGAGCUGUUCGUCAGUUAUGGAGCAGCGAAAAAUAUUUACUAAAAAAUAGUUUACCUAGUCAUUAUCAGUGGACAGAACAAGAAAUUAGAGAACUUGUUUCUGGAGGACAAGUUCCAGCAUACGAAGGACAAUACAUUCGUGAUACGGAAAAUUAUCCCGAAUUAGCGGAUGACUGCAAUAAUAUCCAACUAGUAAAAAGUGGGAGAUAGAACUGGAGGGUUGUGAUAUAGAAAAUUUACAUAUUAUAUCUCAUAAUCAACCUGAAUUCAUAACACAAUAUUUAACACAAACGUGAUGACUAAUAAUGAAACUGUAUAUUCUGUGAUUACCAUGGUAACAUGGUUGUGACUGAUAAUAUUUAUAAACAAAACGUACAAUUUUACUCAUUUUUUUAGUUCAAUUGAUAUAGAAUCAAGUAAAAUGUGUAUAGAGUGCUUCCUUUUGAACUCACAAGGACAUUGAGUGAAUGGAAAAUAGAAACCCCUAUGAAAUCCUUUAAGGUGCUGUGCAUAAAACUCUUAAAUGAGGAUUUCAUUUGUUCAUUUAUGAUUUUUGCCUAGUUUUUAGUGCAAAAUGUGUUAUAUAUUAUAUAAACAGAGCUCUGUGUCGGUGCUAUGAACGUAAAUAGUACAGUUUGUUGUACAUGAAAAACAACUAGUCGCAACAGUGAACUACAAACUUUUACCAUUACAUUUAAGUUAGAACUACAACAUGGUAUUUAAUGUGAUUAUUUUAUAAUUCAUCUUAUGUAUAUAGAGUAACUAUAAAACUUUUCACUCUCAGAAACUCAACUCUCUCUCUUUCGUCUCAUAUUAUUUCAAUUAGAUUAAUAGAUACACAUUUAGUAUUGUUCAUUUGAUCACAAAAUCCUGUAAACCUACUGUAGGUAGUAUUGUUUCUGCUGUUUUGAUAAUAUUAAUCCUUUGAAAUGAACAUAUCAGAGCAUACUUAUACUUAAUGGCAUAGUUGAAUAACUAUGCAAAAUAAAGUUCUUUCUGUGGUCAAAUAUUUCAAGUUGUUGAUAUUAUGUAUGCCUCUUUCAUUCUUAUGCAAAAAUCUUCAAAUUAAGGAAUCAAAUCGGUGGUCAAAAAACGGCAAUGUAUUGAGUUUUAAAUAGUUUUCAUAUUGAAGUGCAAUAUUUUUGUUCAUCGUUUUAUGAACAAUUAUUUUAUACUGUCUGAAUCAAAAGGCUAUAUAUUUAUAUAUAUAUUUAACCAAAGACGUUUUUAUUGGAAAAUAAUUUUUAGUAGUUCCAAAAAUCAAAACCAUUUUUAGUCCACCAUUUUUAGUCCAUUUUUGCUGUAACUUGAAUACCAACUAUGUUGGACAGCUGCUGUCCAUUGAAACUUCAACAUUUUUAUAUAUGAAAAAUCUUACUCAUAAUAUUGUAAUACUCUUAAUAUUUUUCCAACUCUGGGUGUUUGUAAAUUACCAUAAGACUCAGUAUUUUUCUCUUUUAUUGGAGAGCAUAAUAAAUCUUUAAAAUUACUAUAAAGGGUAACCCUUACACAAGUCAGUAUUUUCUUUUUCUCAUUAAAUCAUAAUUCUUAAUAAAUCUUAGAAUUUACUAAUUUGUAAAUGUGUAAUGAAUGAAUUGGAUAAUUGUUUCCGUGAAUAUAAUUAUGAAUAAAUGAAAGAUUGUAAAGUAACAGUGUUAACAAACCACUUUUUUUGCUUACAGUAUAUAAAUUCAUUCUGCUUACAUUUAAACUUGUAUGAUAUAAUAUAUCGAAAACCAAUCGUAAUUCUCUCAUUGUAUAUUCCACUAUGUUGAAAUCAUCUGUGUGUAUUUAAUGGCAUGCUCUUGUAUAAUGACUUAGUAAUAUUUCUGUUAACUAUGUUCAUACAUGUCAUAUUGUUAAUGUUUGGAGGUAUGAGGAUUUUUUUUUAUUUGAAUGAUUUACUUUGUGUUUUUGAUUUAGUAUAUAACUUACAUAGUGCUAGAAAUUGACAGUUGUGUACAUAUGUAAUCAUAAUAAGUUGAUAAUAAAUGAUAAUAGAGUGUUUAACAAAGUUAUAUCAUAUUAAAUAUAUAAUAUUGAAAUAUAUAAGAUACUCAUACUCAUUUUGGCCUUCUCAAAAUUAAAAUGGUUAAGGUUUAUUUUCUAUUUUACAAAUAGAUUAUCAGAAAUAAAAACUCAUACUUUACUUUAAUGUGAAGUCGUUGUGCAGAAUUAUGUGCUAGGUCAGUAGAGAUUAAUUCAACUCAAUUAUUAUAAUCAAAGAAUUUUUAUCUGGAGAUAUUUAUAUUGUAAUUUACAGAAAAAAUGUUUAAAAUAACUGCUGUGUAUAUUGAUCACAUCACAUCUUAUAUAUAAGUUAUGCAUAAUAGGUUCAGUCGAGUAUGUUUCAACCCUAAAUGUAUGAAAUGCAAUAUUUAAAGGUGAAUGCAACAUUUUUUGUAUUAUUAUGGAAAUAAACCAGUAUGAACCUAUA